AGCGGCGGCCGCCAUGCUGCUCUUCUGCCCGGGCUGCGGGAACGGGCUUAUCGUGGAGGAGGGCCAGCGCUGCCACCGCUUCGCCUGCAACACCUGCCCCUACGUGCACAACAUCACCCGCAAGGUGACGAGCCGCAAGUACCCCACGCUGAAGGAGGUGGACGACGUGCUGGGCGGCGCGGCCGCCUGGGAGAACGUGGACUCCACGGCCGAGCCGUGCCCCAGGUGCGGGCACCCCCGCGCCUAUUUCAUGCAGCUCCAGACCCGUUCUGCGGAUGAGCCCAUGACCACCUUCUACAAGUGCUGCAGCGCCCGGUGCGGCCACCGCUGGAGGGACUAGGCUGCCCGCGCCGCUGGCCGGGGCCUUUCACCGGAUGGACUCGGCUGAGGUGUGGCUGCCUCCUGGGGUCUCUUUGGUUAACUGUCAGCUGCAAGCUGGUGAUCAAAGUUGGUUCUGAAUUUAAAAUUAAAACAAAAAGUGACAUUAGUGUCUUAGAUCUCUUAAGUAGACUUUGUAACUCCGAGAAGCUGGUUACAAAGUUGCAGUAACGGUCUUGAUUCCUUCUAUGCGACUUCCUGGGGUGCCUCUUCCUGGGGUGCCUCUACCUGGGGUGCCUGUGCAGCUAGCUGGACGUCAUGCGUGUUCCGUGUCAGCCUGGCUGCCCGGCAGGAAGGGCCUGGAUGGCCAGGCCGCGGGCCCGGUGCUCUUGGUGGUCUCUCAGUGAGGAGCUGUGUUACGAUGUGAUGAGACCUCAGUGGAGGCCUUUGGCGCAGAUCUGUGCUUUCUGGCGACUUGGCAUCUUCCCAGAGAUGAUCAGUCCUUAGGGCCCCGUGGCGGCCGGCCCGGAGCCACUGUGAUGCCGCCUGUCGCUCGGUUUCUUCUGGAUUUACAGUUGUGGCUUCUUCAGUUGCGGGCGGCUUUAUUUAUGCAUACAGGGCCAGGGUGCAGGUCAGAGUGGGUGGGGUGCAGAGACAGAGUGGGGAGCAGAGCAGACGGAUCCACGGAGACACUGCCGAGGGGGCAGUGGGCGACAGGUGGGUUCUGCUGAGCCCUGGUGGUCAGCUCCCAGCACGGUGGUGACUGCUUGAGACUCAGCCACUAGGCUCCCAGGCAGGCCCAGGGCAGACGUUUCUUGCCUCCACCUCCCAGGGGAGGAAGUGAGGGCAGCGUGAGCUCCACCACCCAGCAAACAGGCAGGCGACCUGUGGCCAAGGACCGGCCCCACCCGGGGCAGCCAGACGGCAGCAAAGCAGCAGAUUCUAGAGCUGCCUGGGGGGGCCUCCCGGGAGCCGGGUCGGUCUCAGGCGGUUGUCACUGUGGCCUGAGCCCAUCCCCGGCCAGGGAGCUGACCCACAGGGCGGAGCAGACCUCUCCUGUCUCCCCGCGGACCCCUCACCAGUGUGUGUCAGUGACUGCCUGUUUUGCCACAUGGGGAGUCCUCUCACAACCCCCCCACCUGCACCCCAGCUCUUGUAUGCACAAGUAAAUCAAUCUUUAAAAGUAUAUGAACAAAGUGAUGAAGAAACGUCUGCCUCGGGGACUUAAAACUUCCCUUGUCCAGGGCUGGGGACGAAGUAUCUCUGACUUUGAGGGUCAAGAGUUAAAUUUUGGAAAACAAACUUUUACAAUUUUGUUAUAGGCAAAAUUUAAAUAAUUGAGCAUGCCUUUUGUAAUGUGGGUCCAUUAAUAAGAAGGUUGGGCACACUGUGUUCUGGGGUUCAGAGUUAGGGUCCUUCCCAAUCAUCUGUCUGCAGCUAUCCCCCUUCAUGCUGGUGGCCCCCUGAGCUGACAGCUCUGCCGUCGGGCCGCAGGGCUGGGCCGGGCUGUCCACUGCGGCUGGAGUGGCCACUGGCCGAGGGGAGUGUCCACCCCACCGUGUGACUUUGACUUCUGCUGGAUUUGUGCUUUCUCAACUUUGAAAAUGUGCUCCCAGGGCGCAGGGCAUUGCCCAUGAUGCUGGGGCUCACGUCGCCCUGGACUUCACCCUCCAGCUCCCUGAAGCCUGCAGACAACUGGGUCUGGCUGCUCUGGAGCGCCCUGGGGUGAGGGUCCUGGUGGGCUCCUGAUCGGGCUGGCUAAGGGUGGCGGCGUUUCCUUCCUGGGAUGGACAAGGUAUGCCAGUGUCCAGCCCCAAGCUGCCACAGGUGAGGCUGUGGCCGCAGAGCCUGAGCACAGGAGG